CGUCAAAAACUAGAAGAAGUUCUUAUUCAAGGAAAACUGACCUUGAAAAACACUCAGAGAAUAGUAGGAUCUCUGAAUUUCGCAAGUUUUGUCGUUCCAAGGGGUCGGCUCAAUCAUCGACGACUUCUAAUGUUUCUAAACUCCCUGCCAAACCCAUCGACCACGUCAUUCCCGAUACCGCAAAGUGUGUCGAGCGAACUAAAUUGGUGGGUACAAAAUUGCCAGGCGUCAACAGCUCUACAUCAUCCUCCCCCCACCAAUUUUCUAACAACCGAUGCGUCAGACCAAGCCUGGGGGGCGCAGUUGAACGACCUAGCUCUGUCAGGAGCUUGGUCACGAGAAGAACAGAACCUUCAUUGCAAUCAGAAGGAAAUGUUAGCCAUCCUUCAUGUCCUUCAAGGUUACGCUCACCUGUUGCAUCACAGUUCGAUGCUGAUACAAUGCGACAACAGGACAGCCGUAGCCCAUCUCAGGAAAGAAGGGGGAUCGAAAUCGCUAGCCCUGGUAAACAUAACUCAUCGGAUUUUAGAUCUUCUAGAUCAAAAUCAAAUACACCUCAGCGUACACUACCUACCAGGCAAGUACAAUUGUCAAGCCGAUCACCUAUCGCGUCGUCGCUUACCGCCGGAAUGGCACUUACUACCGGCUUGCGUAGAGACAGUUUUUGCGAAGUGGGGAACACCGGUGGUGGAUCUAUUUGCCUCGGCAACAGCCCAUGUGGUACACAAUUAUGUAUCACGAGACCUGAGAGACCCUCAAGCGAUGUACCACGACGCAUUCAGUACUCCGUGGAACUACCCGCUCGCGUGGGUGUUCCCACCACCUUUUCUGAUGCCCAAAGUCCUCUCUCACUUGAACCAAUCGACCGGGAUAUUUCUGGUAGUGGUGCCUCGCUGGGACAAAGUGUUCUGGCGGGCAGAUCUCAAAGCCCGAGCGCUAGCAGCGCCACUUACUCUGAGGAACCUGCGGAAGAAUCUCGUCGACACGACGACAGGACUACCACCUGCCCAAGUCGAGGAAAUGAUUCUCGAGGUUUGGAAGUGUGGGGGUGGUCUGAGGCGCUAGAAUCGUGGAGUUCAGAUCAAUUAUUAUUGCUUAAAAAUUCUUGGAGAAAAUCGACUUUAAGAACGUACAAAACAGCUUGGCAACGUUGGAUUUCUUGGGCAAGUACAAAAAAUAUAAACCCAAAAAAUCCGACAGGAGCUCAACUAGCACAGUUUUUAUCGGAUUUACAUUUAAUAAAUAAAUUAUCUUAUAAUACCAUACUUUUACACAAGUCAGUCGUUUCUACGUUGUGUAACACUGAAACAUCAAGUUGUUUGAGUUCACAUGUUCUGGUGAAACACAUUCUUAAGUCGAUUUCCUUAACACGUCCAAAAACGGUUAAACCCCCAGUUUGGGAUGUUGAUCAACUUAUCAAAUUUUUAUCCGAUUAUACAGUAGAUCAGAACAAUGUUUUCCAAACAACGCGUCAUACUGCCACCUUACUGCUUCUUUGCUCUGGUAGGCGUAUACAUGAUUUAACUUUGCUUACGAUUGACCAUGACAAUUGUAUAAGAUCAGAUGAAUGUAUAAUUUUUUGGCCCCAGUUUGGCUCAAAGACAGACUCUAGUAAUUACAGGCAGUCCGGUUGGAAACUAUUAGCAAAUACCAGUAAUAGUAAGCUAAAUCCUCUUUUUUGGAUAGAACGAACUAUAUCACUUCUAAAUGACAGACGUAAUACUGCUAAGUCUUUUAAUUUGUUCAUGACACUUAAAGGUCGGCCGCAGCCAGCCUCACGGACGGUCAUUGCUAAUUGGAUAAAAACUUUGUUUAAAGAAGCGAACAUAGCAGCCGCUCCAGGUAGCAUUAGGUCAGCUGUAGCUUCAAAAAGUUGGUGGGAAAAUCAUUCCCUCGAUGAUAUUAUGGCGCGUGGAAACUGGCAAUCAGCUAACACUUUCCAACGAUUUUAUAGGAGAGAGGUAGCAAGAACAAGUACUUCUUCUACAAAUGUAACACGAUUGUUUAAUCCUGUAUAGGUAU